GGCGGACCCUCGUGACGUCAUCGAGCGGCCCGGAAGCGCCAACACGUGUGGGUCUUUCCCUCCUCCCUGCUCCUGGUCUUGGUGUCACUGAUCAUGGGUCGCUCCCGCAGGACCGGCGCGCACCGAGCACAUUCCUUAGCCCGCCAGAUGAAGGCCAAGAAGCGGCGGCCGGAUCUGGAUGAGAUUCACCGCGAGCUGCGGCCGCAGGGACUCCCGCGGCCCAAGCCAGAGCUGGACGCCGAGCCCGACCCGGACCUGCCAGGGGGCGGCCUGCAUCGCUGUCUGGCCUGCGCGAGGUACUUCAUCGAUUCCGCCAAUCUGAAGACCCACUUCCGAUCCAAAGACCACAAGAAAAGGCUGAAGCAGCUGAGCAUCGAACCCUACAGUCAGGAAGAGGCUGAGAGGGCAGCGGGCAUGGGCUCGUAUGUGCCCCCCCAGCGCCUGGGCGUGCCCACAGAAGUGUCCACUGAGAUCCCUGAAAUGGACACAUCCACCUGAGGGGCCUGAAGAUAUAGGGCAGAGAAACUGCCCAUGGACAGUGGUUCAGUGCUAGUCUGAGAGUGUAUACGUUGGGUUUUGGGGAGAUGAUCUCUUCUGGGUAUUCUGCCCCAAAUAAAGGACCUGGACAAGAGGGUGUA